GCUGACACUGCUGCGCACACACUGCUGUUCUCACAUCCUUCUGCUCUUUGAGCAGGCUAUCUGUACUGUUGGUGACAACUGUUAUAGGGCUGUUACAUUUUUAAAGGUGGGCAGGGAGGGUUUUAGCUAGCAGCUGUGUGUGUGUCAUAGUUUAACCAAUAAACUCUGGUAGUGGCCACCCCAAGGAGGGGAUGUUGGUGUGGAUCCUGUUUCUGCUCUGCCAGGUGGGGGCACCUGCUCUGGCACAAGACCUCUGCCAGCGCGAUGCUCCAAAUGGCUACAAAGUGCGCAUCAGCCUCAAAACUGCUUUGGGAGAGGAUGCUUAUGAAUGGAAUCAGAGUGAAAUGUUCUUUUUCCGAGCUACUAUGGCCUUUGCCAUGAGGAAGCACUUCCAAAUGGAAACAUACAAUGUCGACAACAUUAUCCUGUGUGUUCAGACUUCGAGGGUGUCCUUCUGGUUUGUGGUGACAUCACCAGACAACGCCACCAUGCUUAUUCCUAAGGCAGAUGUGGAGAAAGCUGUGAGGAUGUCAAGGCAUCGCAUCAACAAUGCCUUCCUCCUGUCAGAUAGGACCCUGGAGUUUCUGGGCAUCCACCCUACACUAGCAGCGCCAGUCAACUCUGACACCCCUCCCUGGCUCAUCGUGUUUGGAGUGGUCAUCGGUGCUGUGUGUGCUGGAAUCAUUACCCUGCUCGUAUCCUCUCUGCUUCAAAAGAGACGGAAAGAGAAAGGGAUGACGGAGGAUGGGCAGGAUGAAGAGGACAUGCAGGUGAAAGGAGUGGAGAAUGGCAUCAACCUGGAUGGCACCUACAAUAGAGGAUUCACAGAUGAUGAUCGCUUUACAAAGCUGUAAAGGCUUUUCCGGUACAAUGCUGCCAAGUAAGCACUCCAAUGAGACGUUUAUGCAGUGUCUACAGUUUCAAACUGCAGCGGGUAUGACAUUUGGAAAAACAGACUCUAGCCACUAGUUAAAUAAAUAAGUGAAAAGAACAGUAAGACAUUUCCCACUGGGCACAGACGUCAGUUCAACUAAUGUGAAUUCAAUAUGAAAUCAACAAAAAAUGUAGGUUCUGGUGAAAAAAAAUACAACAUUCCCUUAUGUUAAUGACAUACACCUUAGCCAAAUACAUUUAAACUCAGUUUUUCACAAUUCCUGACAUUUAAUCCUAGUAAAAAUUCCCUGUCCAGUUAGGAUCACCACAUUAUUUUAAGAAUUUGAAAUGUCAGAAUUAUAGUAGAGAGAAUGAUUUAUUUCAGCUUUUAUUUCUUUCAUCACAUUCCCAGUGGGUCAGAAGUUUACAUAUACUCAAUUAGUAUUUGGUAGCAUUGCCUUUAAAUUGCCUUCAAACAUUUAGCAUUGCCUUCAAACGUUUCGGGUAGCCUUCCACAAGCUUCGCACAAUAAGUUGGGUGAAUUUUAGCCCAUUUCUCCUGACAGAGCUGCUGUAACUGAGUCAGGUUUGUAGGCCUCCUUGCUCGCACACAGUUCUGCCCACCAAUUUUCUAUAGGAUUGAGGUCAGGGCUUUGUGAUGGACACUC